CAGCCAGACUGCAGCGCGCUCCAGGCCUGUGGGGGCGCUCGUGUUCGUUUGGUGACGUUGAGCCUCGAGGCUGCGAAGGUCCGAAACAUCCCGAAAGUCCGUCAAAACGUGAAGUCUCACCCCGACAGGCGCGCGCGACUCAGCUGGGCACCACGACGAAUGGAGUUCAUUGACAGUUUUUUUGAAUGGAGUUUGGUCGUAACGUCUCUGGGCGGAAGCCACCGGCUCUAGACUGACUCCAGACCAGUUAAUUGUUUUUGUCAGCAUGGAGGCCAGCGGCUUGGUCGGUGUCUGUCUGUCUCCUGAGUCCACGGUGACCUCCCUGCUGUCCAGCUCGGGUCACCUGAGGAGCAGCCUGCUGGGUCCUGAUCACAACACCACCUUCAGAUACAGGCACAAGGACUAUGAAUCGGCCUCGGCAGCGUUGGACGCCUACAUCAGGGACUUUGAGAGGAGUCGGCGGCACAGUGCGCCACUGACGGGAAGGCUUCUCCUGCCUCAGCGUCCGCCGUCCACGCCGAGCAGACCCAGAGUGAGCACGCUCCGAAACAGAGACGUUCUCAAGGAGCGUUUGACCGACAGGGAGCUGGACUUCCUGAACCUCCCUGUCAGCUCUCUUCAUCACCGAAGCAACCGAGACCGACUCUCCAUGACGACGGACGAGCUGCUGUCCAUCCCUUACGACGGCUCGAUGCCCGUCACUCACACCUCCGCCUUCAUCCAAGGUCUCCUGUCCCAGUCUGGAUCUUCAGAGCCCUGCUUCUCCUCCUCCAGACCAGCACACAUACCCUGGGACAGACUCAGCAGCAGCCAUGGCGCCCCCCAGCUGAACCACCACCACCUUCAUCCACCCAGGAGCUCCAGAUGCAGAGAGAGACCAGUGGCCGCCACGUUGAAUCCACAUGUUGACGUCUCCUCAGUCAGCUGCCACAGGCCGUCUGCUCACAGAGCAGCGGGGUCAGAGUGGGCGGCGCCGUCUUCGUCCCUCCACCUCCCUCGCUGGUUCACCAGUAACAAGACUGACAUGGACUGCUCUGGAAUCACCAGUGUGCCGGACCUGAAGUACCCAGCUUGGGUCCACCGCUGUGAUCUCAGUGAGACGCCACCACCCACGGAGUCUGAGCAGUGGGAUGAACACGGUGUUCCUACAGCUCCCAGAAACGGGGCUCCGUCCUGGGUAGCGGCGCUGGAGGGGGAUGAUCCCGACCAGACGCCUGCACAGGUUGACAGCCAGCAGGCUCUCCAAGAUCUCGGGCUUCAGUUCGCCGAACAGAUUUCUCUCCUCGCCGCAGAGAGACGCAGCUCUGACGUCAUGGACACUCUGUUCAGAGACAACAGGAUCGAGUCUCUGAUCCAGAAGGCCGAUCAGGUGUUGAACAGUCUGUCUCUCAGUUCUGGAGAAGUGGACGGUCCUGCAGAUCCAGUCAGUCUCACUGACUGUGUUGAGGAAGCUGUCAGUCCAGUGACCACUGAGGAGCUGCUGCUCUGUCCUCGCUCCCACCGCCGUCUCUUCCCUUGGGGCUCGGCGGCAGCAUCAGGGAGCGCCACAGAGGCUCCCCCCUUUCGAGGAGCUCAGGCAUGGGUCUCCAGUCUCCCUGAAAACAACCUUUUUAAGCAGCCUGGUCCAGUGGAGGCUCUGAAACAGAUGCUGUUCAGACUGCAGGCGGUGGAGGCGGAGCUUCAGCGGCGACAACCGGCAUCGGGCGCUCCGACACUCUUAGCUGGGCUGCAGACGGUCGAGGCUCCGGUGCAGCAGAGGCCUGAAGCGCAGCUGGAGCGUGUUCCUGGAGGACCGUCACUGCAGAGAGCCAUGCAUCACCUGAGCCGUCUGAAGGUGCUGGUGGAAGAACCCAGAGAGAAACGGGUGGAAGAGAAGGAGAGGGACGAAGAUGAAGGACGCUACUCCUCCUCUUCUGCUGACGGACUCAUCUGCACGCCGCAGAAACCCUCCUGAAGCUAACGGGCUGUACACCAGACCAGGGGGACUUCCUGUCAGUGUCUCCGCCCUCUUGUUACCAUGGUAACGAUGAUACCAAGAGGACAUCUCCUGUCCUCGUUACCGGGGGAAAAAAGUAUCAACACCUUUUUAGUUACUGCAGGCCUCUGUUCAGCUGCUGAGACGCUUACAUUGUAAACGUGAUAUGUUCAUGUGCCAUAAUGUCUAGUUUUUUGUUACUGCACUUACAAUUUUAUUUUGUAUGAUACAUUUAUCUGUUCGCAGAAGCAAGAGUCAUUUAACGUGUGUCAGCAUGCCGUCAACCAAACAUGCAAACCUAGCUAACUAGCUCAACAUGAGCGUGUAAUACUAUCGUGUCAACUGUAACUGUAGCCAUAAGAUGUGUGUGUGUGUGUGUAUAUACAUAAUAUAUAAUAUGCUAACAUUUCGACAUGCAAAAUGUGACACGUUCAGGUUAGCAUGUCGCCAUGCUAAAUGUUACAAGCUUAACCUCUGUGUUAAACACAAAGCUUCUCAUUAGCUACCAUGUUAGACGGCUAAUGCUAAAUGUUACAAGCUUAACCUGUGUGUUAAACACAAAGCUUCUCAUUAGCUACCAUGUUAGACGGCUAAUGCUAAAUGUUACAAGCUUAACCUGUGUGUUAAACACAAAGCUUCUCAUUAGCUACCAUGUUAGACGGCUAAUGCUAAAUGUUACAAGCUUAACCUGUGUGUUAAACACAAAGCUUCUCAUUAGCUACCAUGUUAGACGGCUAAUGCUAAAUGUUACAAGCUUAACCUGUGUGUUAAACACAAAGCUUCUCAUUAGCUACCAUGUUACCUGCUAACGUUACAACUAGCCCCACGCUGAAGCCUAAAAGGUCCCAUGUUAGAUGUCAACAGCUAAGAUGUCUGUAAUAACACACCAUUAUUUAUUGAUGUCAUGAGCAGGUUUAAUGAAAAGUGGGUUAUGUAUUCAUCUUUGAUCAGCACUGCCUAGUUUGAUCAAAAUUCACAGGCUGUGAUUUUAUUUACAAUUUACACUGAAGAGCCGAGGAUGAGAUGUCCUAAACGGCCACUGUACGAUACCAAUAAUGCUGUGUUCAUGUUGUGUGGGCGUUACCGGAGUGAGGAAAAAGCCGGAUAUGCCUGAAAAACAUCCCAUCUCCACCAUACGAUGUGAACGCAGCAUGAAUAAAUACAACCUCUAUGAACCACAAACCGAACCAAUAUCGUACUUUUAUGAUUUGGACGUGAAACAGGAAAACAGAUCAUUGACCCGUCAGUGAUUUGAGUCACUUUGUCUUUCAGAAAGCAGCCCGUCACGGGCCGAACCAUUAAAGUGCCAAAUCAGUGUUCAGACAGACGGUGACCUGGAUAUGAAAAUGUAUAUGUUUUUAUAACGGAUCUGUUUUAAGGGUUCAACACUCCCAUGUGAUGUCUCCAGCUGGUCGGUCUGGUCUGUCGGUUCACAUUAAAACAGAUCUGAGUUCACUUCCUU